AUGGGUAUACCAUUUCUGGACGACGAGUCCCAACCGAACGUCGGUACGUCAGCCGGUCCAGCUGACGAGAACCCUAAUGAUGAGGACGAGGACGAGCUCGACGCCAACAGACAUCCAACCCACGAGACCAUUCAGCCCCCUCCAUUAAUAGACGCGCACACUGGUGCGUCGUCCCAGUCAGCUGCUCCGGUUUGGUUCUCCGAGUAUGAGGCUCGGAAUGAGGCCCGUUGGAAGACUUUCACUCAGCAGAACGACGCGCGUUGGAUGUCGUUCGUGGAGUCAAACAAUGCACGAUGGACGGAGCAGACCAAGAAGUGGAACGAGUUUGUUCAAAGCAAUGAGGAGCACUGGACAGCCCAUGACAACCGAUGGGACACCUGGGCGGACCAGCAAUAUUUGCGAUGA